AUGAGAUGGCUGGAGUUUAAAACUAAGUUAUUAGUAGAACAACUGGAAAGUACUUAUUCUGAUGGUACCUUAGCUACUAAUAGAUACUUAGAUCCUGUUCCUGUGGGAUCAGAUGAAAGAAAAUGGAAAUGGCCAUCUUUCUUAGGUUUUUGGAUCGCUGAAGCUUUCAGUAUGUCAAUGUAUCAAGUGGCCUCAUCUUCAAUUACUCUUGGGUUAAGUCCGGGGUUAGCUAUUUUAUCACUUAUUAUAGGUCAUAUUAUCGUGGCUAUUCCUAAUAUGUUGAAUGCUUCCAUAGGUGCCAAAACUGGUUUUGGUUUUACUAUUGCCAUGAGAUAUAGUUUCGGUGUUAGGGGUGCUUAUUUUGGUGUGUUAGUUAGAGGUAUGGUGGCCUUAAUUUGGUGUGGUACACAAACCUAUCAAGGUGGUCAAGUGACACAAGCUUUAUUAGAAGCUAUCUGGCCAUCAUUUAUUACUUUCCCUAACCAUUUACCAGCAUCAGCUCAUAUUACUUCUGCUGAAUUAUUAUGUUUCUUCAUUUUCGUCAUCUUACAACUUCCAUUAUUAUGGUUAAACGUUAACCAAUUAAGAUGGUUCUUCUACGUGAAAAUUGUCAUCAUGCCUAUCUUCGGGAUAGUUUUGUUUGCUUGGGCAGUAUCUCAAGCUCACGGAUUUGGUCCUAUUUUCAAACAAGGAAAUAACAUUAAAGACGGUACACCUGUGGCAAUUGUAUUUUUCAGAUGUAUGAUUUCAGCUAUUGGUCCUAAAGCUACCUUAGCUUUGAACAUUGCUGAUUUCUCCCGUUAUGCCAAAAAGCCUAAACAAGUCAUGUGGCCUCAAUUUGUAGGUUUAGUGGUGUUAGUGACUUUAUGUGGUAUUUUAGGUAUUGUCGUCACAUCCGCUUGUCAAGUUAUCUACGGAGAAUUGACAUGGAACCCUAUCCAAGUAUCUAAAUUGUGGAAUAACAGAGCAGCCCAAGCAUUUUCAUCUAUUUGUUGGAUGUUAGCUAUCAUGGGUACAAACGUCUCUGCCAAUACCGUUUCUUUUGCCAAUGAUUUAUCCUUAUGGUUCCCACGAUACAUUGAUCCAAGACGUGGAGCUUUUAUUUGUCUUAUUUGUGGAGUAUUGGUUAACCCAUGGCAAAUUCAAAAUAACGCUGUUAGUUUCUCCAAAUUCUUAGGUGGUUAUACUAUGUUUUUGGCCCCACCAGCAGCUAUCAUGAUCAUUGAUUAUUACAUCUUACGUGGAAGAUAUUUGGAUAUUCCAGGGUUGUACAGAUUAAAAGGUCCAUUUUACUUCUUCAAAGGUUUCAACAUUCCUGCCUUUAUUGCAUUUUUCUGUGGGAUUGCUCCCAAUUUACCUGGUUUGGCUGCUGCUUGUGGUGCCGUUGGAAUUCCAACUGGUGCUAUCUACCUCUAUUCCGUGUCUUAUGUAACCGGUAUAGUUGUUAGUGGACUUAUUUACUAUGGAUUAUGUAAAUUUGUUCCUCAAUUAUGGAUGGCUAACUUAGAUGAAAUAGAACGUCAUGAAGAUGUAGAAGUAAUCGAUCAAGCUGAUUCUUGGAGUUCAACUAAUGUUGAAAAAACUGAUUAUAAUUUUGAUGGGAAGAAAUGA